ACUCACCAUCCAUUUCCUCUCUCUCUAGAUUCUAGAGAGAUAAACUAAACCAACAAAAAAUUAAAAGAAAACAAAGUAUUAAUCAGGUGACGGUCUUGACGGUGGUGUGGGCUUCAAAUGGUUGACGCGCAAUUUUUUGACUUUUGUUUAUGAAAAUUUGAAAAUCUCUGAAUUCUCCAACAAAUUUUCUUUUUUUCUCUGUUUUUUUUCUACCAUCUAUGUAAUAAUUUCACUGGUUUUUAGAGAUCCCAAGAUCUCUGAAACCAAUUUUUUUUUUUUCAAAAUUUUCUCGCUCUCCAAACAGAACUUUUCUUUUGAUUGAUUCUUGAUUAAAUUUUCAAUCUUUUUCUUUUGGGUUAUCUUCUUAGAUCAUUCCAUUAAAUACCCAAUUCAGUUUUGUAUUUGUUAUGAAUAAUUAAAUACAUCUCAUUCAAUGAAAUUUUCAUUGAAAAACAGUUUUUAAUUUUCUAUUUUUUUGAUUUUCUAAUCAAUUUUCAAUCUCCUCUGUUUUUUAAAAAUGGGUUGUGCAAGCUCCAAGCAGAGUAAGCGUUGCCGGAAUUGCAACGCGCCGUACACGACGGUGCCGCGUAGCUAUUCAAUGCACGUUGUUCAUCCGCCGCAACAGAAAGGUGAUAGCUACCAUGUGGUGGCGCUUACCUCCACCACAUUAGGCUCUCUGCCGCUAAAUUCCGCCGCUAAUUUUAAAGAUCACAUCAGUAUCAACACCGCCAUUGAUAUUCUCACGGCGAGAAGCAACGAGCAAGAUCAUUCGAGUGGUUGUAAUGGCCAUGAUGGUGAUAAAGAUGGGAAGAGUAAAGAUUUUUCAGUUGGUUUAAUUGAAGCUAAGACUUGGUCUAAUAUGAUCCAAGAAAAAAUCCCUAAAAUCGAGCCGAAAACCCCGAUAAGAACGCCGCCGGGUGAGCCGGAGACGAUUAAUACUUGGGAGUUAAUGGCUGGACUUGAAGAAGAUGAUCAAAUUCCAUUGGCUCAUCGAUUUCGAAGCUUUUCGUUCGAUCUUGCUCGGGAUUCUAAUCCGAUUCAAGACAGUCCGAAUGUAAUUCCGAAAAAUAAUCAGAAAAUCGACAAUCAAAUCGAAAAACAGCCGUUUUGGAUUCAAUAUCCGGAUGAAGAUUCGAAUUCGAAAUGUCCGGAAUUCGAUCCAGAAGUUAUUUCCACGUUUAGAAGAUCAUUACAAGAACUGUCUCCAACUCAUCCAUUUUACAUUAAACCAUCCGAAAAUGGUGAGGAAAAACAACCGCCAGGUACCGACAUUGUAAUGAAUAACGAUUAUUAUUCGAAAGGCGAAAAAGAGAAGCUAAUAGUAUACUUCACGAGUCUACGAGGAGUCCGAAAAACAUACGAAGAUUGUUGCCAUGUUCGAGUGAUUUUAAAAGGAUUAGGCGUUCGGGUCGACGAGCGUGAUGUAUCGAUGCAUUCGGGUUUUAAAGACGAGUUAAAAGAGCUAUUAGGCGAUAAAUUUAGCAGCGGAGGGUUACCGAGAGUGUUUAUCGGGAGUAAAUAUGUUGGCGGAGCUGACGAAAUUCGACGAAUGAACGAAGAAGGUAAGCUCGAGAAGGCGGUUGACGGGUGCGAAACUUUGGAGGAUGAUUGUAAUGGCUGCAUUACUGGUGAUUGUGAGGGUUGUGGGGAUAUUAGGUUUGUGCCUUGUGAGACAUGUAAUGGAAGUUGUAAAAUAUAUUGCGAAAACGACGACGAAGACGAGGAUGAAGGCGAAGGCGGAGGAGGAGAAGAAACAGAAGCAGCAGAAGAAGAAAAUGGUGAGUAUGGAUUUCAAAGAUGUCCUGAUUGUAAUGAGAAUGGACUAAUACGGUGUCGUAUUUGCUGUUACUAGUUUUUUAGGUAACAGUUUAUUGUUAUUUUUUUGUGUAUUUGAGUUUGUUGUACAGUGAAGAGUUUUUGGUGUGUAUUUGGAGAGAUUUUAUAUAUAUGCAAUAGAAGAUAAAUAGGGAA